AUGCCUGCACGCGGGGGUGGUCGAGCCACAGGAUCUAGAGGGACUGUUCCUCGCGGUGGUGAACAAGUAUCCCGUGGUCGUGGUCGUGGAGCAACUCGUGGUGCCACUCCAGGGGAUACCGCGACUGCUGGAGGAAGGCCUGCCGGCCAGCAUGUCGCGCCGCGCAGACCAAACUCUGGUCUAGCUAUCUCGAAGGAAGGACAGGCAACCAAGCUAUCGUUGAAAAGAAGACUUGGUAUCGAAAUACCGCACCGAUUGGGUCCGUGUAACGAUGUCUGUACUGGGUGCGGUGCACUCCACUGGAAGGAAGAGAGACCCGAAAGUGCUGUUAAAUCACAACCCUACGCUUACAAAGAAUGCUGCCAAAAGGGUCAAGUCACUCUGCCUGCCGAUUACGCUGGGAGAGAAGUAACUCCUCUGUUCCUUGAGGCUUUACUCACAGGCGAUACACGUGAGGACAAGGAGUUCAGACGGGAUAUUAGAAGAUACAACAAUGCUUUUUCAUUCACUUCGCUUGGGGCCGAGGUCGACCAUACCGUUAACGGUCCUUUUGGCGUGAACACGUUUAGGAUCUCGGGAGCACUUCACCAUAACAUAUCAGGCCUAUUGCCUGAAGAUGGACAACGCGCGGCGUACUCUCAAGUGUACGUAACUGGUGAUGGGGCAACUGGCGAGAUUACUGAGCGCGCCACACGGCGCUUUGAGCCAGUGUCAGGCGAAGAGGGUGCUCCCCGUGUAGUUAGGCCAGUCAAUCCAUUGAAUCGAAAUGUUCAAAUAUGCUGGGAGUAUCAUCACUACCGAGCCUGAUAUUGGCGUAAAGCUCACGACGAUGCCCCUACUUGGAAGAGAUGCGAGGAGGUAUAACUUUCCGACUGCGGACGAAGUGGCGGUAAUUGUCAAGGGUGAUGGUCUCGUGGGUGAAGGCAGUCGAGAUAUCAUUCUUUACCGGCACCAGGGUACUAUGGAAAGCGUUUCGGACCUUCACACGUCGUAUCUUGCAUUGCGCUAUCCUAUCUUGUUGCCCUAUGGUACCCAGGGCUAUGAUGAACAUUAUCGACAACCGGGUGUAUUGAG